AUGAACCUCCUCCGCAGUCUCCUCUUCAUCGGCGCCGCCAGCGCAGUGGUGAUCCCCUCUCCGCGGGACACCCUCGGCUUUGUGGCCCCGGCCCCGGGAGACAUCAAGAUCCUCAACGUGACGGCCAUCGGCUCCGGCUGCCCGGCCGGCCACGCCUUUGUGAAUGUCGAUGCUACCGGCACCAUCUUUGACGUUGCCUUUGACGAGUACAUCGUCAGCGCCGGCCCUGGCAGCAGUGUCUCGGAUAGCCGCAAGAACUGCCGGAUUUCGAUCAAUUUGCAGUUCCCUUCGGGAUACCAAUUCUCCGUCAUUGAAACCCGCUUCACAGGCUACGCCAGUCUCUCCGAAGGGCAAACCGGGACCUGCCGCGCCGGGUACACCUUCUCGGGCGACAGCACUCAGGAAGUCGUCUUCCAGAAGAACAUCGCGGCUCCCUAUGAGGACAACUACAACAUGAUUGCAGGCGUCGGGAUCGAGUCGUACUCGCGCUGCGGCGGCACGACGGCGAUUCUUAAUGUUAACUCGGAGAUCCGGAUUACGCCCAUCUCGACCCCUUACCGGGGCACCAUGACGGUGAGAAACCCCUAUAAGGUGACGUUGGUUUGGCGGCGUUGCUAG